CAGUUAAUUUGGUUUUGCUUUGCUUGUGAUUAGAUAACACAUAAUAAAAAGAAUAACAACAACAAAUCAAGAGAACUCAGUGUGCCAGCUGUUUGCAGUCUACUCCCAAUCUCUCGCUCACAAACACAUACACACACGACGCCUUUUCGCUCUCACGCGGCGCGCGUCCGAUUUUGGCAUUUCAUUUGACGCAGUUGUUGUUUGGGUUCUCACACUGGCGCGUGCGGGUGAAAAUAGUGAUUUUAAUAUUUGGACAAUGUUUAAGUUUUUAUUAACCUUUGGGGCCGGAGUUUAUACCGGCAUUUACGUAUCGCAGAAUUAUGAGGUGCCCCGUGUAGACGACCCCAAAAAACUGGUGGAACGUGCGAAUGAAAAGUUUCGCGAGCUUGUCGAUGGGAAGAAAAACACGCCAGUCGAACAAAUUGUGAAAGAUAUCAAAAAGGAGGCCAAAAAGAUUUUGGAUGAUUAACUUGCAGUUGGAGAGAAAGGACAAAAUUAUAUUAUACUGUAGUUUUUUCUGUGUUUAAACAAUUUUAUCUAUGAUGAAAUAAAGCAAAUUAAUAAA